AUGAACACCAUUACCACUGCCGUCUCCUCCAAGAGGACCAUGAAGUCACAUAUUCCGAUUGAUUUAAUCGCUCAUAUACUAUGCAGAUUACCCAUCAAGAGUGUCGUACGUUUUCUCUGCGUUUCGAAGUCAUGGGCCGAACUAAUCAAAGGGCUAGGAUUCAUCAAUACCCACCUCAAGCGCUCCAUCAACAGCGACAGAGAUUGCACCAUAAUCAUCGACCAAAUAGCUAGCUUUCGGUCCUUACAUUUCUUAUCUGUCUUUUUCCGCCGUGAUAAUGAAAAUUGCUUGCCUAAGGCCAUGGAAAUUUACCCGCCACUACAAGGCCGACCAGAAAGGGAGACCACCAUCGUGGAUUACUGCAAUGGCUUGGUCUGCCUUCAUAACUGUGUCAAAGAGAUCGCUCUUUGGAAUCCAUUGAUAAGGAAGUACAAGAAAUUGCCAAGUGAACCAGUACAGAGGCCUUCUGGUUUCGAGGACUCGCUUUGGUCGACUGUAUAUGCAUUCGGACAUGAUCCGCAUAAUGAUGACUAUAAGGUGGUGAGAAUUGCGCAAUUUUGCGAAGAAUACCGUCCUCUUCUGAUUAUAGGAAUUGAAGUCAAGAUCUAUAGUCUUAAAUUACAAGCUUGGAAAAAAGUUGUAGAACAAGGGCCAAAUAUGCUGCCCUGGAUAUCUUCAUCACCAGCAGUCUCCACGAAUGGAGUUGCGCAUUGGUUUACUAUUCCAGAUCGAAGCGUGCCGGGUCAGGAAAUUAUUGCUUUUGAUUUUGCAAACAACGAGAAAUUUCUUUUUUAUAAAACACCGGUUCAACCAAUUGAUACUGAUGGUAUUCAGAAGACGGGUUUGGGAGUGUUAGGAGGAUGCCUAUGUUUUGUUGUGAAUGAUUGCAAGAAUAUGUAUCAUGAAGUUUGGUUGAUGAAGGAAUAUGGAGUAGAGAGUUCUUGGACAAAGGUUUAUAAAACUGAUCUACGUGCAAAUAAAUUUUCUUUGAAUUCGAAUUUUGAGUUUUUGAAGCCUCUCAAGUUUUCUAGGGACGGCAAGAAAGUUCUGUUGGAAAAUAGUGAGAAUCUUUUUUGGUAUGACUUAGAAAAGAAAAGAAGGAAGAGGCUUAAGGUUCAGAAUUUGCCUGUUCUGUUUAGGCCUCUAACUUCUACUGGGAGCCUUCUUCUGCUUGAUGAUGGUGAUUGUGUGAUUGAUCCGAAGCAAAACAAGAUUAAGAAGUAG